AUGCUGAGCAGGAAGUUCUUCAGGGACGGAGUGAGGCUGGAAUCCGCGGCGGCGCUAGCCACCUCCGGCAUCGCCAUCGAAGCGGCCAACGCGGCGGCAGUUGCUCCGGCAACCGCCCUCUCUUUCAGAGACGAUGCGUCGACUCGGAAGGACCUUCUGCUGCUGGGAUUCUUGGUGGUGGUGGUGGAGAAAGCCGAUGGAACCGACUUGGUGAUGGCGAGCCCUUUCGGUUGAUUGUUGAACCCCUUCAGCUGGGUUGCUGAAGUCAGUGGCAGAGCCAUUGAAACUGUCGCCAUUUUUUCCUCUUUUUCUUUUGUGCGCGUUUCUUCUUUCUUCUUGUGGUGCUGGUGAGGUU